AUGUUCUCAAAGGCUUAUCCCAAAUAUGAAUUCGAAUACAAAGUAGAAGAUCAUCGCACAGGCGACAAGAAGUCACAACACGAGCACCGAGAUGGUGAUGCUGUGAAAGGUGGCUACUCGCUUCAGCAACCAGACGGAUCCGUUAGGCAUGUUGAUUACUACGCCGAUGAUCAUAGCGGUCUCAUCCCAAAUACGAGUUCGAGUACAAAGUUGAGGAUCACCACACGGGUGAUAUUAAGUCGCACCACGAGCACCGCGAUGGGCAUAAGAGUUCUAUGCUUUGCUGCAAUUCUUGCGGUAGUUGCUUCGCAAAACUACGGUCACGCAUACUCAUCAAACCACAUCUCACGCCACGACGGACAUCAUGAAACCUUGCAUGGUCACGAUCAUGGCCAUGGACAUAAUCAUUUGGACUACUUUACACAUCCCAAGUAUGAAUUUCACUACAAGGUAGAAGACCACCACACGGGCGACCAUAAGUCUCAGCACGAGCAUCGUGACGGUGAUAUCGUAAAAGGUGGCUACUCAUUACAUCAACCAGAUGGCUCUGUCAGACAUAUCGAGUACCAUGCGGAUGACCACAGCGGGUUUCAUGCGGAUGUAAAAUACAGCACCCAUCAUCUUCAUCACCAUUACUGA